AUGUUCAGUGUCUAUGCCGUGCUGCUUUUCGGAGAGAGUUGGCUCCGCCUCGUGGCCGACCUGAGCACGCGCCCGGAGUCUCGAGCUGAGUUUCUUCGAACGGCGCUGCGCUGCCCGUCGUCCUGGGAGCCUUUUCUCUCAGAGCUGAAGCAUGCAAAGACCCUGCUUUCAGCCGGAGAAGCACCGGAAGCACGGCGGGUCCUCAGCCAGUCGGUGGCCCAGGUGCUGGGAGAGGAUGCCGACGCCAGCGUUCGCGCAGCGUCGCUGCAGCGUGCGCUGGAGGACUGCGCUGUGGGGAUGGGGGCCGCUUUUCGUCUUCUCGCGAUGUCGCACUACGGAGACCCGGUCGUGCGAGAUGCGGGGACGGAAGUGCAGGUCGCAGCCCUGGAAGUCGCGCUGCGAAUGCAACAUCUGGCGUCUGGAUGGCUCAUCUAUGCAUACAAUGUCGCAGCUCUCCAUCACGACUCCUUCAUCGAUGAUUCUGCAUGGCCCAUAACCUCCCACGAAUUCGGGGAUGAGCAUCGAUCGGUUGCCAACUUGCUGGGCAACCUGCGUGCCCAACUGCCUGACAAUCGAAGGGCUGCGGAUCCUGGCACUCGCGCUCACGGAUUGACAGUUUGCCUCGUAACGAUCUGCGAUUAUCCAAGCGGUGCCUGGCUUCCGCGGUUAGCGGCAUCAGUGCAUGGGAUGUAUGCCCAUCGGCACGGAUACGGCUACAUCCAUCAUCGUCAUUCGCACCAUGCCAAAGGACGCCCUGCGGCCUGGGGCAAAGUAGAUGCGCUGCGCGAGGCCAUGGACGAUGAUCGCUGGGAUUGGGUCGCCUGGAUUGACUGCGACCUGUACUUCAUGGACAUGAACCGGACACUGGACUCACUCCUCUUGACACAUGCGAGGGCUGCGGGCGAAGCAGCUCCGUCCAUCGAUGACUCAGUGCACAUGUUGGUCACCGAGGACGCGCAGUCUCUCAACACUGCCAUUCUCUUGAUGCGACGGUCGGCUUGGAGCCGCAAGUUGCUUGCAAGAGUAUGGGGCGAUGAUGCUGGCUUCUCGCCUUUUGAGAAUCACACCUGGUGGGAACAGCAAGCCUUUGCGCAAGAGCUGUUCGGUGGCAACCAUCGUCGCUUCGCGCAGAUGCGCUACGAAGCCGGCAUGGCGUCGCGCGACCUUCCGUUUCCAUAUCCCCAAGAGGUGCGCGUUCUGCCGCAGUCCGAAAUGAACUCGUAUCAUCCGAUUUCUUCUCGGCUGGUUGAUGAAACCUGGGCCCCAGGCAAGUUCGUCCUUUCCUUCAACGGAGUGAAGUCUUUGUCCGGCCCGAACGUGGCUGAGGUUCUUCACGCCAACUACUACGAGGUGUUUUGCCAGAGGAACUUCGUGGAAGAUUUCUGCAAGGAUGUGCUGGAUGCUGGUGCAGCCACAGCUGCAAUGGCUCCCUGGCUGAGCCAAGCGGAAACCGCGCUCCCCGCUCUUCAGGACUACCUGGCCCUCUUUGCCCCGUACGAAGACCUGCUGCAGCUGGAGCCAGCGGACUUUGUUCAAGCCAAGGCGGACGCAGACAUUACGACAGCGGAAGCGAAGAACUGCAUCUUGGAGCAGGUGCAGAAGGAGCACGAGGCAGGCUCUGCACUCUGCAUGUGUGGAUCCCCGGGCAUCCAACAAAGCUGCCGACAGAUUCUGGAAUCUAUCCCCGAGUCCAUCGUUGUCGGUCUUUUCGAGGCCGGUGUCCUGCCAGGAGAUACGGAAGACCUUAGCUGGAAAGCAUCGGUGCGGGACCCGGUGCUGAAGAUUCAAGAGCUCCUCCUCGACAUGAUGAUGUACAUCGCAACCAUCCCUGCCGAAAUCCUGAAGAUGGCGCCCGACACGAAGAGGUGCCUGGAUACGUACAGCGUUCUCGAAGAGUUUGGUGUGCAGCUGACAGCUGACGACUUCUACCAACGUUGGCGAGUCUUUGGCUGUCCGAAGUCCACUUACGACCUCGUGGCGAAAGUCGAGGAUGACAUCAAAGAGUUGGAGGCGUCCUUUGCAGCAGCCCAGCAGCAAGAGCAGUCCGACUUUGAUGACAUGAUUGUGGACAUGGCCAACACCAUCGAAAACUUUGCCCAGUACAAUGAUUUCGAAAAGCUGGACGAGAUCUACGAGAAUGUCGAGAGCGUGAACGAGCGAUUGAAGUCUGCUGCGACGCAAGCCAAGCUUUUCAACUCUCGGGAGCUGCUCUUUGGCAAGGAGGCCACUGACUAUGGCAUGAUCGCGCAGCUGACCAAAGAGUGGGAGCCAUUCUCACAGCUCUGGGUCACAGCUUACAACUGGACCUAUGACUCCAAGAAAUGGCUGACGGGUCCUUUCCAGACCGUGGAUGCCAAGUCUUGCGAGUCCAGCGUGAUGGCCGGCACAAAGACUCUCUUCAAGGCCGUGAGGGCCUUCGAAAAGCGGGAAGGAUGCGACGAGGUGUUGAACAUUGCGCGGAACAUCAAGGAAGCCAUUGAUGCCUUCGUUCCAAAAGUGCCGAUUGUGGUUGGCCUCCGGAAUCCGGGCAUGGCCGAGCGGCACUGGCAGCAGGUGUCAAACCUUGUUGGCAGCGAAGUCACCCCGACCAUGGAGGCCUCGGAUUGCCCGGAGCUGCGGAAACUCACGCCUUGCACUGUGAGCGCAUACGCUGUCCAGAACUUCACCCUCGAGAAGUUCGUCGAGCUUGGCAUGGUGGAGCAUGCCGCUGCCGUUGCGGACAUUGGGGACCGUGCCGGCAAGGAACAGAACAUUGAGAACCAGCUGAAGAGCAUGCAGGCGGCCUGGGACAAGGUUUUCUUCGACUGCAGCGAGCCCUAUCGAACAACAGGGACCUAUAUUCUCAAGGGGGCCGACGAGGUCAUGGCUGUUUUGGACGAGCAGAUUGUUGUGACACAGGCGAUGCAGUUCUCGCCAUUCAACAAGCCGUUCAAAGAGGACAUCGACGAGUGGAACGACAAACUCAUGUACGUCUCCGAGUGCUUGGAUCAGUGGCUGAAAGUACAGCGGGCUUGGAUGUACUUGCAGCCCAUCUUUGACUCGCCUGACAUCAUGAAGCAGCUCCCUACCGAGGGCAAGAAGUUUAAGGUCGUAGACGGCAAGUGGCGGCAGACCAUGAGCCGGGUGCACAGCAACGGCCACGCCCUGACCCAGUGCACACAGGAGGGUCUACUGACGCAGUGGCAGACCGUGAACAGAGACCUGGACAUCGUCCAGAAGGGCCUGGACGACUACCUUGCAACCAAGUGCGCCGCCUUCGCACGCUUCUACUUCCUGUCCAACGAUGAGUUGCUGGAGAUCCUGUCUCAGACCAAGGAUCCCUUGAGGGUGCAGCCCUUCCUCUCGAAGGUCUUCGAGGCGAUGAAGAAGCUGACGUUCACGGACCAGCUUGUCGCCACCCAAAUGCACUCCAAGGAAGGAGAAAUCAUCGAUUUUGUCAACCCCGUGGUAACGAAGGACAAAAACGUUGAGACCUGGAUGACGGAUCGCCUCCCAGUCUCCGUCAGAACCUGCUUGGUGUAUUGA